AUGCCGGAGUACGAGCUCCUUUAUUGGCCCGUAAGCGGUCUCGCCGAGCCGAUCAGGCUAAGCUUCGUGGUGGCGGGCAUCCCCUUCAAGGAUACGACUCCCCUCACGGACCCAGAGUUCAACGACCGGAAGUUGGCACUGCACCCUUAUGCGCCGGAUGCUGCGGGGCUUCCCAUUCUCGUCUUUGACGGCAAGGUCUGCUGCCAAAGCCGAGCCAUCCUCCGCUACAUCGGGCGCCUUGCACAGCACGAGGGGGCCUUCCUCUACCCCACGGAGGAUCCCUUGGAGCAGCUUCUCUGUGAUGAGCUCAUCGACCUGAGCGAAGACUUGCGGAGGCCCAUGAGUGCAACCGUCACCAGCCAAUACAAGGAUGCGGCAGAGAAGGAGGCAGCUCGCCAUGCUCUUCUGGCCCCGGAUGGAGAGUGCACGAAGUUCUUGAAGGUGCUGGACAAGAAGUUUGGGGAGAGCUUUCCCACCAAGCUAACGAUUGGCAACAUCUACGCCUGGUCUAUCGUCACUAUGUUCCGCCAGCCAACCUUCAUUCCAGAAAUUCCAGCAGAUGCGCUGUCCCCGUACGAGAACCUGACCAAGCUUCAUCAAUGGAUGUCCAGCCUUCCCGCAAUCAAGGCCUAUUACGAGUCUUCGCAGGGCCGCGACAACUACAAGCCUGCGCUGAUGUUGCUCCUCUGUGUUCCUAGAAUCGAUUUCACAUGGAACGGCCCAAAGCUGGGGGGAGAGAACGCCAGGGCUUUGCCUUGGUUGGGCGCUUUCUUUCGGAGCAGCAUCCUCGGGGGGUACGGGCUCCCAGCCGAUCUCGAUCGUGAGGAGGUGGAGACCUCCAGCUUCCCGGACUUCACCGCUGAGGCCGGCGAGGAGGAGGUGGUGGGUGCCGUUGCUGCCUUCUCCCUCUGUCACGGAGCUCGCGCUCUUUGCAUCGCAGAGGCGGCUCUGCAGGGCCUCGAGGAAUCGAAGGAGCAGGUCCUCUGCCUGCAGCGUGCCGCAGAGCUCCGGGGCCUCCUCCUGAGGUCUCUGGCUGUAAACCAUCCCGUCACCUUCUUCCGGAGCUUGGCAUUGACCUUGGGUGUCAAAGGCAUGGCACCCAAAGCUCAACCACUUAUGCAAAGCAAGGAGUUGAUGGCCAAUCUGGUUUCCACCGUGCUCAGCGGAAGCUCGGCCUUGAAAGUUCGCCGUGGUUUGCGCAGCGAUGAAGCCGACGACGAGGGGCCAGGGGAAGCUUGCGCGGCACUUUGCGAAUCGCUGGUGCAGCACAUCAGCAAAAAGAUCCUGGCAGGUGAUGGCGAAGAUGAUGUGGUCGCGAAAGCAUGGACGCUUCUGGACGACAUCUGCCAUUUCGCCAAGACCGAUGUGCCUCGCACCCGGUCGACGCCUUUGGUUCAGAUGGUCCUACCGCAAGCCGGUGCUCGGCUGGCUGCGGCCAGUGGAAGGUUGCAGGCUUCCGGAAUCGAGGUCGAGAGCUUGGUGACCUGCUUGGGCCGCAAUGUCCUCGAGAAGUUGAAGGACCUGGUGCCCCCGCUCCUGGACUUGGCCUUGACCCGGCGGCAAGAGGGCAAGCAAGACGCCGCGGCCCUGGAGAGGUUGGUGCUGAGAGCUUUGGGCGCCCUUUGCCGCUCCCUUGGCCCCUUCCUCUCGCCCUUCCUGGACCGCUUCCUGGAGGUCAGCUGCCGCGGACCCAAAGCAGGCGGUCCGGCAGUGCUGCAGGAGCUCGCAGGCGAGCUGGUGAAGGGG